UACCCGGAAGGGUGGUACCUGUUGAAGUUGUUCACUACAUGCUUAUUUUGAGAGAACAGGCGGAUAUGUGGGAGUUACAUUUGAAGUCAAACUAAUAGGCGUACAGACGGCUGCCCACUAUUAAAACGACUUUCUGUCGGUGGUUUGGUUAGGGUUUCGCCUUUGGAUUGUUUAGUGCACUUGUUGGAUUACCUGGGAAGGUGUCGCCGACCCACAUUUCGACUCGCCUUUCCAAUUCAGGAUGAGCAUCCAGCCGAGGCGGAUCCGCCUGAAGCCGUGGCUCGUGGCACAGGUGAACAGCGGGAACUACCCGGGACUGCAGUGGCUCAGCAAGGACCACAAGCUCUUCCAGAUCCCCUGGCACCAUGCCACGCGCCACAUGCCUACGCCCGACGAAGAGAACACAAUAUUCAGGGCCUGGGCCCUGGAGACAGGGAAGUAUCAGGAGGGUGUGGACGAGCCAGAUCCUGCCAAAUGGAAAGCAAACCUGCGAUGUGCCCUCAAUAAGAGUCGAGAGUUUAAACUCAAGUAUGAUGGCACCAAAGAGACACCAGUCAAACCAUAUAAGAUAUAUGAGGUGUGUGAUCAACUGUGCAAUGGAGAUCAAGGAGACGAUGAGGAUGAGGAGCUUCCAAACAUUGUGAGCCUGUCCAUAGAGCCUGGUAUGAACGACCUCGCGAGUUUCCCGGUCUAUCCAGCCCACAGAGGUGACCUCUCUUUCACCCCCGCUAUGGAUGAGCGCUUCGGUCCGCCACACAUCAUUCCUGCCCUCCCACUCCUGCAGGAGAAUGUCCAGACUAGUGCUGCUGCCUCUGCUGGUGGUGGGGGCAACAUACCAACACCACACCUUCCACAGCCCAGGGUGAGCCCCCAGGACUUCAGGCACGAGCCACUGAUGGCAGGGGUGGGGCAGGGGGGCAUGCUCUCACAGGCUGGAGUGAUGUUGAACGGGAUGCCCAUGGACACUGGCAUCACAGAAAUCCCUGCUGCCGCCGCCGUCCCAGUUGUGCCUAUGGCAGAGAGCCCGAUGCCAGGGGUACAGACCUCAGCAGAGAACCAACAAGUCCAGCAUUGCAUCUACGACCUGCUGAGUUCACCACACGUGCUGCCCUUGACAGACCUGGACAUUAAGUUCCAGUACCGAGGGAGACUGGCUGGUUCUCUCACAGUGAGUAAUCCUCAAGGCUGCCGGCUGUAUUACGGUCACCUGGAGCCCACACCAGACCAGGUGGAGCUCUUUGGUCCAGUCACCCUCAACCAGGUGCUGUUUCCCGGCACGGCCGACAUCAUGAAUGAGAAGCAGAAGUUCUACACGGACCACUUACUGGAUGUGAUGGAUCGCGGUUUAAUCUUGGAGAUCCGCGGGCAAGACAUCUAUGCAGUGCGGCUCUGCCAGUGUAAAGUGUAUUGGUCUGGCCCAGGGGUGCAGGAGAACGGCCCUCCCAACCCUAUGGAGAGGGAGAAGAAGAUCAGAGUGUUUAGUCUCAAUGAGUUCUUGCAUGGACUGAUCUUGUAUCAAAAAAACCAAGCCCCUUCCCUACCACCUUUUGAGAUCUAUUUCUGUUUUGGGGAGGACUGGCCCGACAAGAAACCUAAAGACAAAAAACUAAUUAUUGUUCAGGUUGUACCUGUGGUGGCGAGGAUUCUCACAGAGAUGUUCUCUGGCGAGCUGUCCUGGUCUCUGGACAGCAUCCGGCUUCAGAUAUCCAACCCAGACCUGAAAGACCAGACUGUGGAACAGUUCAAGGAGCUACAGCGCCUAUUACAGUCUCAACACGGACAAAACCACUGGGCUCCAACAGUCUCUUAGCCGGGCGUUACCUCAUGACUUAAUCACUUCGAGUGAGGAUUUCAUAGAGGUAGAACAUUAGACUAGAGGUGAAAUGGCAAUUUGCGACAGCACUGGAAAAGGGAAAGGGCAGUCUCCAUCUUCUGUAGGUAGACCUGUGCUCUUCAGUCAGUUCAAAUCAAUGGAGAACACACCAAUUUCUGUCAUAAAAUGGCCCAAAACCAUAUGAAUAUUAAGUAACACAUUAAUCAAGGACCACAUUUGGAUGUCAGGCUAAGUAUCUACUUAAAUUACAUGAAAUUGCUCAAUUAAAUGGUAACAAUCAGUUCAUAAGUUAUGUAGAUAUUUAGCCACCCAUUUAAACUACCGACCUUGUAAAGAGUGUAGAUGGACAUUUUCACAUUAAGCCAUUCUUUUUACAGAAAUGAGCCCCAUCUCCAUUCAUUUACGAUACAUUGCACAGGUCUACCGCCAAGGAAUGGCUGCCAGGAUUGCAGUGAAAAGGGGGGCGGAGUCUAACCUGACAGGCCAGACCAUUAAUUUUGGAUUACUUCGUAAUUCACGAAUGGUCCGAUUAUGCCGCUCUGGGGAGGGUUUUCAGUCGUCUACCAGACUGAUGGUGUUACCGGCCAAUAAACGAAUGCACUUGGAAACGUCAGGAACGUCAACUGUCAGCAAUUGGUCAGAGCACAUUUCAAAUCACAGCUGAGCUCACUCCUGCCACCUAAGUGCUCCAGGGCAUAAAGGAUCCAGACUAAAAAUGAAUUACGACGUAAUUGAUGUGGCCUGGUAAAACCAGGUUAGGCGGGGUCACCUCUAGUCUAACGCUCUACUUCUAUAAUGGAUUUUCUCUUGGAAUCAGAAUUGGGUGUAUAUUACUGUUAUGUACUGCAUCUUCUUCAGCCGGCCCAGUGGACUUCUUAUUCUGCAUCAGAUGUUCUGCAUAGCUGCCUUAUAAUUGAAUUUGUUCUGCACACUAACAUUUCGGUGCGAUACUGGAGUUACAAUGGCUACAGUACCUGCUUUCUUUACGGACAAGCCAUGGACUUGUUAAUUUUACCAAUUUCAAAAUGUCAGACACUUUCUUUACCUAGGUUUUGUGUGAAUUUACACAUUUUUAAACUCAGGGUUUUUUUUCUCUCUCUUUUUAAAAAUGUAUACCUUAGCAGUGUUAGACCGUGGAGUUUUUCUUAUUUCUGCCCUUGAUGUAGUUUUCACUUCUGCUGUUGUGUGUAAAAAGCAGCCCACCAAUCCUGUCAGCUAAGAUCAAAUAAAAUCACAGGACUAACUGGAUCAUUAA